ACAUGAUCAGAGCUAAUUGGCCCCCCUGCAGACUAAGUGACCAAUCACAUCAACUUCAGCUGAAACCAGCCCUCACGACAUUAUAAACACAGGAAUGCAAGCUGCAAAGCCAGUCCAAGACGAGAACCUUCAAACUAGACUGCAGGUUAAAACUACCCGAUCAAAAAGACAAGACUUUGCUAACUUCCCCAAGACCUACCUUGGUAGGCUGACCCCACAAAAGAACUGAGAAUUACAGCCUGAGAUGGACAGCAGUAACUGUAAAGUUAAUGCUCCUCUCCUAAGUCAAAGAUACCGGAGGAUGGUCACAAAAGACGGCCACAGCACACUUCAAAUGGAUGGUGCUCAAAGAGGUCUUGUGUAUCUUCGGGAUGCGUGGGGAAUCCUAAUGGACAUGCGCUGGCGCUGGAUGAUGCUGGUCUUUUCUGCUUCUUUUGUUGUCCACUGGCUUGUCUUUGCAGUACUCUGGUAUGUUCUAGCUGAGAUGAAUGGUGAUCUGGAACUAGAUCACGAUGUCCCACCUGAAAACCACACUAUCUGUGUGAAGUACAUCACCAGUUUCACAGCUGCAUUCUCCUUCUCCCUGGAGACGCAACUUACAAUUGGUUAUGGUACCAUGUACCCCAGUGGUGACUGUCCAAGUGCAAUCGCCUUACUUGCUAUACAAAUGCUCCUAGGCCUCAUGCUAGAGGCUUUUAUCACAGGUGCCUUUGUGGCGAAGAUUGCACGGCCAAAAAAUAGAGCUUUCUCAAUUCGAUUCACUGACUUAGCAGUAGUAGCUCACAAAGAUGGCAAACCUAAUCUUAUCUUCCAAGUGGCCAACACCCGGCCCAGCCCUCUGACCAGUGUUCGGGUCUCAGCUGUACUCUAUCAGGAGAGAGAAAAUGGUGAACUCUUCCAGACCAGUGUGGACUUUCACCUUGAUGGCAUCAGUUCUGAGGAAUGUCCAUUCUUUAUCUUCCCGCUACCCUACUACCAUACCAUCACACCAUCAAGUCCUCUAGCUACCCUGCUCCAGCAUGAGAAUCCUCCACACUUUGAAUUAGUUGUGUUCCUCUCAGCAAUGCAAGAAGGCACUGGGGAAAUCUGCCAAAGGAGGACAUCCUACCUACCCUCUGAGAUCAUGUUACAUCACCGAUUUGCAUCUCUGAUGACUCGAGGUUCCAAAGGUGAGUAUCAAGUCAAGAUGGAGAAUUUUGACAAGACUGUUCCUGAGCAUCCAACUCCUGUGGUCUCUAAGAGUCCACACAGGACUGACCUAGACAUUCAUAUCAAUGGACAAAGCAUUGACAAUUUUCAGAUCGCUGAAACAGGGCUGACAGAAUAAGACUCAUCCACACCAUCCUACUUCUUAAUGUAUUAAAUAUAUCCAGCCAGUUAUGCAGCUAUUUUCCUUCAAUGUAUCUACUGUUUCCUUGUUCUCAAUGCUGAUUAUAUCAUAGUAAUCAUGUCUAUGCCCACAAAAAAUGGCUAAGCUAACUAUACACAUCCCAGAAAACAAAACAGUCUAGUUACCAACUUUAUAUCAUCGAUAAUCUGCUCUUAUCAAGGCAACUCAAUCUGAUAGGUAUCAAUACUAAGCAAAUUUGCAAAGAUGUAGCAUGAGAUCAGUAAUGAAGACAAAGUAGAGAGUGAAGGCGACCACAGCUGAACUCUUAAGAAAGCCGCCUCUUAUUUUCAUCUGUAAACUAAAGCAACAGUCUAGUUUCAAACCUAGAUUCCUGGGUGGAAAGCUGAUUUCACAAUAUUUAGCAAAAACCCUUUUAAAACUUUUAUUUUUUCAAGAGAGCAAACAUCAUUCCUUUGAUUCUUUAAGCUACAAAACUGGGGUAAGUAUUAUCUCCCCAAUUUCUCAUAGCUAGAAAUAAAAGUACAAAAGAAAAAUAACAAUAUGGAUUUAUAAACAACUCCAAAAAGCAUUUGAAUACAACACCCAAACGUGCGCGCGCGCGUGUGUGUUCAUUUAUUUGUGGUGGAACAAGUCAGGAAAGCUAUGGCCCAGACAGAACCUGCAGGGUGGUAUUUCUAGCUGAGAGAUGCAUGUUUCUACUAUUUUAAAUGUUGUUUGCAUAAUACUCAAGUAGUGAUCUAAAAGCUAAAUCACCUGUCAUCUGAGUGCUUUCACCCUGAGUAAAGUAUUAUCUUCAUACUCAAUGACAUAAAAGUCCUACAAACUACCUAAAUACAAAUGUAUAUUUAAGUUUUUAUAGAUACAAAGGCUUAAUUAAGAUAUAAUUCAACUAGGAAAAAAAAAACCUCCAAUAGAUAAAGCAAAAAAUUAGGUAACAAAAGUAUUUUCAAACCCAAAUUCCUGUUUCCAACAUCAAAUAGUUUUUUCUAUAAACACAAAAUGAGUGUUUACUCACCAGUAGGAGGCUGGACUAGAUGAUCUCUAUUAUUUCUUUCCAAGUCUAAUAUUCCAUGAAAAUUAUGCUUUCUCUGCCUGUUUUUAUUUUAUAUACACUAAGAUGAACCCUUUUUAUAUCCAACUUAAGAUACUUCUUUAAAUAAUUUUCAUUUCAAUUAAAAAACUGAGCAGUCCUCUUGCAAAACAAAAACCAAAAGAAAGAAAAUUUAUACUAUCAAGUUUCAAAGAGAUCUGCAUGCUUUCUCUUCUAUUUCCCUUAUUCGGUAUGAAAUGGGAAAAGUAAAAGAUUAACUUUCACUGAAGUGGAUGACCAGGCUCAAUCAUUUUGAAAUACAUACUAAGUAACAGUAAAUGUUACAGAAAGCAGCAAGUUGCAUUUUUCUACUCUUUGACAGAGAAUAAGAAAAUAAAGAACAACUUUGGAGUACCCUAAGACUGACUAUUAUUAAGAACACAAAACCUAUUUAUUAUAAAGUUUUUGCUGUCUAAAAAUUGCAGACAUAUACUCUUCCGUGGCAGGCAGACCAACUUCAGACUGCUGAUAAGGAGCAGAAAUUUCUAUUAACAAGAUUAACCUGACAUUUGAAAAUAAAACUGUAUCUGAGACUCCUCUGAAUGUUCCUACAUUACUUACACUGAUUUCAAGUUUAUCAAGCUUCCUGAGGAGACACUUGAAACCCAAAUCUCCCUACAGAUGCUUCAUGUUCCCCAAUUAAGUCAGAUCUUUUUAUAGUUACUAGUCAGAUAAAAUCUGACAUCUGAAAAUUAAAUAAGAUUACCUCACCACAUACCAGUAACAAUUCUUUAGUUGGUAAGGGCUAGAGAGAUGGCUCUGAGGUUAAGAGCACUGGCUCGUCUUCCAGAGGGUCCUAGGCUUGAUUACCAGCACCCGCAUGGCAGUUCACAACCAUCUCUUUAACUGCAGAUACAAAGGAGAUCCAUUGUCCUCUUCUGGCCUCCUCAGGCACUAGGCACUUAUAUGGUGUACAGACAUUCAUACAGGCAUAAUAUUCAUAUUUAUAAAAUAAAAAUAAUUUUACAGGAAAUGUAAUCCAAUAUCACUGUUCAGGGACCAGAAAAAUUCUGGGAGUGUUGUCUGCAAUUCUUUCAUUUAUUUCAAAGAAUCAUAGUUCCUAGGACUAAGUUUUCUGCAGAAAGACCAUUAUCCCCUUAGGAAUAUGAAACAUAAAUGGAAGGUAGAAGGAAAUCAUUAAGAACUAAUAUAGUCAUCAAUGAAGACCACUUAACAACCAAGUAAAAAGUUACUCUUGGAAACCAGUAACAAAGCAUGACAGUUUUAAUAAACUAAAGACAAGCAGUACCAAAAAUCUUCAGUUUAGAUUUAUGCUUGAAAAGUAUAUACUACAUCUGCCAGGAAAAAAAAAAUCUGAAACUUAAAAUACAACAACAACAAAACAGCAACAAAAACCAAUGUCUAUUUCCAAGUACUUCACACUAAAUGCAUAUUGUAUCUUGCAAUUCAACCUGAUAGCAUCUAUGUUGAUGGAUUUAAGAGUACUGUACUAUUUUUAAAUACUUCACAUGAAAAUGUACAAUGUGUCAUAGUUGGCUGAGCCUACUGAUGUCAUGAGGAUUAUUUGUUUUUAAUAAUAAUUUUCAUUGCCCUCUCAUAGAAGCAUAUACAAGCUGAUCACAGGAACUCAUCUCUCCUGUGCAGCAAUCAAUUCCUGUUGAACAGGACUUAAAAAUCUUAAGAAAGGUUCAGGUCUUUUUUUACCUAUAUAGUCUUCCACAGAUGCUCACAGGGGUAAGACAUGAUUCUUACCCAGAUACUUGUAAUCCUACAUAUUUAUCUUCACAUAUAAAGCUAACGCGUGUGCUAGGUCUUUAGGUCAGUAGCAGAGCACUUUCCCAGUCUUCACAAGACCCUGGGGUUUGAUCCCCCCGCCAUCAAAAUAAAUAAAAUGAAAAAUUUAAAGCAAAUAUAUAGUAUGACCCUUCUCUAAUUAUAAAAGUAACAAGUUGAAGCUGGGGAGAUGAUUCAGUGGGUUACUGUGUAAACACAAGGACCUGAGUUCAAAUCCUAUAAUCCAUGUAAAGAAGUAAGAAAUAUCUCUAUGUACCUGUAACCCCACAACUGGGAAUGAGGGAACAGGAUAGACAGACUUGCCGGCUAGCCAAACUAACCAAAAUCGCUUCUGGUUAAAUAAGGUAGAAAGUGACAGGGAAAUCACAAUACGCUUCUCUGGCCUCUACAUACAUUUCAAUGGGUACAGACACAGACAUGCUCACAUGCACAACUCAUAUACACACAAAAGUAAUAAUAAUUCCCAAAUUAAAAAAAAAAAAAAGCAAGUCAUUUUGGUACCUUUAAUAAUUGAGUUAUCUUAUUUUGACAUUAAAGGACAUCUCCCAAUUGAUGAAUGUAUUAGUUUGUCCCAAUUAACUUGGAAAGUGCUGUGAUUAUUACUAACAAAUUAUAAUCUACAUCACUUUCCUCAAAUGUCAAUUACUCAGAAAAACAGACCAGACUCCUCAACACUAACCUGAACUCACCCUACCAAAUCGUCCCAUUAGAUGUGUGAACGCUGUACUGUAUAUAGGCCAGUACGCGUGUGCCCCCUUUAAUCACACUGUUCUUACAUUUCACACCUAUGUUGUUACGGAUUCACCUUUUCUUUUUUGUGACUGUUGUCAAGUUGAGGAAAGGGGGACUUUUUUAGACCAGGCUAGCCUUGGACUUAAAGUGAUUUGCCAGCUUCUUUCUCCCCAGCUGCUAUAAACUCGUCAACACCACACCUACUUGGGAUCCACCUUAUCAAAGACAUACAUCUAGAAUAUAAAAUACUUUUACUGUCUAAAACAGGCUGGUUAGGAAAACUAAUCAGAUCCAAAUGAUAACUACAAAUGAUGACAAUGAAGUAAAACAAACUUUUACUCAUUCUUUCCUGCCACUAAAGUAUCAAAGUUAAAAAUCAAGUUAUACUUGGGUUGGGCGUAGUGGUACACACCUUUAGUUCCAGCACUUAGGCAUAGGCAUAUGGAUCUAGGUUUGAAACUAGCCUUUUCUGCUUAGUGAGUAUCAGGUCAGCCAGGGAAAAUAGAAAGACUCUGCCUAAAAAAAAAAAUAAAAUCAAGCUAAUCUCACCAAGAGAUCUCACUACUUCACCAAGGUACCCAACAAUUUGAGAAACUGUUAUACCAUUUUAAGAAUAUGUUUAACACCUGCCUCUGUGAACCUUCCAUUAUUCUGACUUUGAAAUUCAAGCAGGUCAUGUCUUAGUUCUUGCUCCUCUCAUCUGUAAGCCAGUAUUUGUAGGGAACCUGCAAACCUUUUUCCAAGUCUGCCCUGCCCACAGUUUCGUCUCUUAUCUGAACAAGCCAUGUCCUUGAUGCACUCACCAUCACAAGGCUUCAACUGCUGUGGCCUCUUACUACAAAGCAUGACCCUUUUAUCCGAGAUGUGACCCCAAAAGUGAGCACAAAGCUAAGGCUAUUUAAUAGCACUAAAAGUAAUGGGGGAUGGGUAUUUGCUAGAGAGAUGACUCACUUCCGACUCUUGAAGCAA